UGAACCGAGUAGUGCAAUGAACGUCAUCAUGAUAAAUUCUGACGCUAUUCCAACACUCAGUCUUCUGAUGUUUGAAGUUCGUCCUCAGUGCAGGUCAACAGGUCAUAUCGGUACAUUUCUUCCAAGAGAGAAGAUCUUGUCGUCAACCCUAAAAAAACACAAGAGUGAAGCACAUAUCCUGAGGCUUGCUUAUCUUCACACUGCAGUCUACCUUUUGAUGACAUUUUGACUGUCAGGAGGUCAGACAUCGGACAGCAAGUUAAACAGCAUUUAGUAUAAUUGCCAUGGCUGCCUUAUUGCAUCACUGCCCAUUCCUGAAGUCAAGCCACAAGCCGGCUUUACGCAGAACAGGGGCCGCUCUCCUCUCCCUGGCUUAUCGAUGCCCCAUCGUCGCUCGCCAGAUCACCAUCUGUGCCUCGUCUUCUACUGAAACCAAGACGGGUAUCUCCUCCAGCCAAUCAGCUGGUCACCUGCCCCUGGGGUUGGACUCUAAACGCCAUUUAGCAAAAUCAGCCACUCAGGUGUCCGUGUCCAUAUCAAAUGGCUGUCCCUUCGUGUCCUCCCAGAUGGGCAUGGUGAAGGCUAGCGCGGAGGUUCAGGAGGAUGUUGAAUCAAACACAGGAGCAAUGAGUUCCCUCCUAAAGGGUCUGAAGGACACCGUCUGGCCUACGGUCCAACCAAGCACUGUGUCCCACCUGCUCAAGGAUAACAUGGUGGGACCCAGUUUUGACUACGAUGGCUUCUUCGACGGGAAAAUCAGCGAGAAGAAACAAGACCACACAUAUCGCGUCUUCAAAACGGUGAACAGAAGCGCAGACGUCUUCCCAUUCGCUGAGGAUUACUCUGUGUCCGGGCGGGAGGGGGCUCAGGUGUCGGUGUGGUGCAGCAAUGACUACCUGGGGAUGAGUCGACACCCACGGGUCUUGCAGGGGAUCAGGGAUGCCCUGGACCGGCAUGGCGCGGGCGCCGGGGGCACCAGGAACAUCUCUGGCACCAGUAACUUCCACGUGGCCCUGGAGAUGGAACUAGCUGAACUACACCAGAAAGACGCUGCGCUGGUCUUCUCCUCCUGCUUCGUGGCCAAUGACUCCACCCUCUUCACCAUGGCUAAAAUGCUGCCAGGCUGUGAGAUCUACUCUGACAUGGGGAACCACGCUUCGAUGAUUCAGGGCAUCAGGAACAGCGGUGCCAAGCGCCACAUCUUCCGCCACAACGACAGCAGACACCUGGAGGAACUGCUGCGACGUUCCAACCCUGGGACGCCUAAAAUCGUGGCCUUCGAAACCGUGCAUUCAAUGGACGGUGAGAUCUGUCCCCUGGAGGAACUGUGUGACGUGGCCCACCGCUACGGGGCCCUGACGUUUGUGGACGAGGUGCACGCAGUGGGCCUGUACGGGGCACACGGGGCAGGAGUCGGCCAAAGGGACAACAUCAUGCACAAGCUUGACAUCGUCUCUGGAACCCUUGGAAAAGCCUUUGGAUGUGUGGGAGGCUACAUAGCAAGCAGCGCCGCCCUGGUGGACACAGUCCGCUCCUUCGCCGCAGGCUUCAUCUUCACCACAUCCCUGCCCCCCAUGGUGCUGUCGGGGGCCCUGGAGUCAGUGAAGGUCCUCAGGGGCCCAGAGGGCCAUGCGCUGAGAAGGGCCCACCAGAGGAACGUUAAACACAUGAGGCAACUGCUCAUGGACAAGGGCCUGCCGGUGGUCAACUGCCCCAGUCAUAUCAUCCCUAUACGGGUGGGGGACGCAGAGCUGAACUCCAGGGUGUGCGACAUCCUGCUGGAGAAACACAACAUCUACGUUCAGGCCAUCAACUACCCCACCGUGCCCCGAGGUGAGGAGCUGCUACGUCUGGCUCCCUCGCCUCACCACAACCCUGCCAUGAUGGAGUACUUUGUGGAUAAACUGGUGGAGGUGUGGCAGGAGGCGGGGCUUAUGCAGAACAGCCCGGCAACCUUUUCCUGCACCUUCUGCGACCGUCCCCUGCACUUCGACCUCAUGAGCGAAUGGGAAAAAUCCUACUUCGGCAACAUGGAACCCCAGUACAUCACAGUGAGCGCAUAAUGCUUGUCAUUGUGACGUCACAAUCAGGGAACAUACACAAAUUUAAUUUAUGUCAGGCUUUGUGAAGUAUUACUGCAAUAAUUUUCUUAUCUAGUUGACUACGUUCCUUGUGUUUCAAGCCAUUUAUUUUAAUGUCAAUGAUUCAGACUUUUAUAACUCACCUAGUUAUUGUUUAUUAUUUCAAGUUUAUGUUCCAGUCAUGACUGAAAUUAUGAGUAGAGAAAGUGAGAAAUAAAAGUGUCCCUUCUCAUUUCACAUAAUGACAAACCUGCACACGGGCACUUUAAAUAUAUAUAUAUAUUUAUUUAAUCUUUGAGUCGCAUAAAAUGUAUUGAUUGAUCAAAUAACGUCCACAUGCUAUACCAGUGAAGUAUAAUAAUAGUGAGUUGUGCUAAGAAAAAUAUUACAGAUCACAGAUGACUGAUCACUUCCCAUCACUUGAACACCUGAAUAAUAAUUGCUGCCGAUUUGAUAUGGUUUAUUACGCAAUGAUUGAUCAAAUAAACUGGAAUGUAGGGUA